AAAAAAAAAAAAAAGAAAAAAAAGAAAAGAAAAAGAAAAAAAGAAAAGAAAAAGAAAAGAAAAGAAAAGAAGAAAAUAAAAGAAAAAACCCUAUUUUCAUCGACUUUUCAAAUGAUCUAUCUCAUGGAACACCAAGAUGAUGAACGCCAAAUCCAUGCCCACCACCAUAUUGCUCGGAAACUAAACUUCAAUGCCCCCCUUUUGACCACGCGUCGCCCUCCUGCCAAUGUCGGUCUCGAUCGUCUAAGUAUCUCUACCGCUGCUCGAAUAUCAUCAUCGACGACCAGUGAUAGAGUUCCAUUUUGUUGGGAGCAAGUUCCGGGCAAACCCAAGGAGUAUGUUGAGAGAUGUCACGGCUCUGCCCACGAAAGCGAUGUUACCACUCCGCGUCCUACGCUUCCGCCUGGAUGGUGGCGUCCGCCCAUUCAAACAAGAAGAAAUUCUAGACAUCUUCAUUGCAACGAUCAUGGAUGUGAGGACAAUGUGGAUGGCAACAAUGACAAUGACGAUAACUCUAGCGGCAGUGGCUAUGUCUUGUCCGAUGCCAUGGAUGUCUUGUCAUUAUCGGAGGCCAUUGACAUCGUCGAGAAGGCCGAGAAAGCACAUAAAUUUUCCAAUGAAUUGAAGCUAAAAGAGUUAAAGUUAUACGAAGAAGAGGAAGAAGAAGAAAGAAACAAUAAUAGUAAUUACAACCACUCGUCAAAUUUCAUGAUCGAGCGGUUUCUACCGGAUGCCACGGCAUUGGCAGCGUCCUCGGUGUUGAACCGCCACGCUUUCUCUCCGCAGAGGGUGUCAAAGCGGCCAUUUUCUCCGCCGAAGGGUUGUGGGCUAGACGUGCUGUUUCCAUGGCGGAUAAAACACCAUCAUCAGCUGUGUGGAGUGAAGAGUCCGGUGAGGGAUGGCGGCCGGAGUUUGGGAUCAAAAUCUUCUGCAAAACAAAAGAAACAUCAUUAGAUAUUUACGUUUUUGAAUUAACCCUUUGACGACAAACAUUAAAUUACAUUGUCUGUCCCAUGUUGUAUAAAUUUUACAAACGUAGUAUACAAAAAUGCACAACAUUGUUUUAAGUGCAAAAUAUUGCAGUUCAUGUUGGAAGUUGUGUUGUAUGAAUAUCAUCAUUUUUGCACAGCGACGAGAAAAUUAUUUUCUUGUACCAUUUAUGUGGUUUGAUUCAUGGGACUUUUUCUUGGGU